AUGCACGCGUCCAACGACGAUGCUGAGUCUGUCGAUGCGUUUCUGGAGAGAAUAGCAAGCUUGAAAGACAAACGAGAUAGGGAGAAAGAGGAACCUACAAGGAAACUAGAAGAGGACAUAUUGCAGGGUCGGCGCGAGAGACAAGCUAGAAGAGCUGAGCGCACAAGGUCCUUGUCUCCGCCAAAGAAUUCUCAGCCUGCUACCUCUCCAUCAUCUUUGACUCCAUCAUAUCAUGGGUCAACCCCAGAUCACGCGACUCAACCCCCAGUCAUCUUGUCCCCUUCCCCUCAGACUCAUACCCUGGAGCGCUCCGGCCAAUCUGAAGCUAUGAAAUACUCUACUCCCGAUGGUACUCAAAACCAUCUUCCACCUUCGCCUAUAAAGUGCUCGGUUAGCUCCAGCGCUGAGUCGACAGCCAUCUCCCGCUCCGGCACGCUGUCAUGGCAGCAAAGACCUUCUUCCAGAGAUUCUGCUACUCCUCGAAAUCGUCCGCGUUCUCGGGAUAACGAUGAGACAGCUCCCGCAACUAGAGACCUUCUCGACGAGGAACGUACGCGGGACCAGAUCGCCCAAUCGCUAAAUUCGAAAGAUCCCUCGUGGUUUCGGCAAACUGCUGAUCGCGGCGCACAUUCAGACGCAUAUAGAAAGAAUAGAGAAGAAACGCAGCUCGAAGAUGGCUGCAGCUCCCGUCAGUUACCAGGGAUGUCUCGAGCGUCGAGCGUGGACCCCACAAAGGCGCCCCUCCCGUCCUCCAGCCGAGACAAAUCCAGGUCUCCGUCGCAGGCCAGCUCUGCAGCAGACACCAAUAGCUGGGGUAACCGCUUCUCCAGUAUAUCUUCGCAUUCAACUCAGGAGACUUCAAGAUCGCCAUUGCCUACCAAACCCUCACAGAGGUUUGUUCUUUCGGCAGAACCCCUCGGCACCGAUCAUCCUGAGGUGAAACGUACCGGCUUACCUUCGUUACAAGAUCAGGUAUCACGUGAGAGGCCCACUUCGCCAACUAAAGGUCUUGGAGGAUUCGUGCAGAGUGCUAUGAUGAAGCGCUCCGACAGUGUCAACAAACGAUGGAGUGCUCAAGCAGCGCCUGGGUUGAGUCGGGGCAACUCCACCACCAGUUAUCGUGGCGGCAUGGGGUACUCGUCCUCGCUGAUUGAAGUCUCAAGAAGUCCUCCACGAGAGCCUGCAGCGUCAUCUCCACGUCCGACAUCCUCCCCUGCGCCAAAAUCUAGGCCAUCUUCAAGCCACAGCACGUCGACAGCGCUAACCCAUGGAACCCUUACGGCCCAGCCUUCUUACGCACCCAAUCUCUCUAUGGAGGCAGCUCCAGCAUCCUCUAAUUCGAGUACUGAUAAAGAUGUUGCUACAGUCGAAAUCAGCUCGAAGGAACAGCAAAUAAUACCGAAAUCCCCUGUUUUGCAGUCUUCUGAGGCUCUGCCUGUUAGUCCUACAAAAACAAUGGAUCCGAAGCGAUGGAGUCCUACCAAGGCGAGUUGGCUUGAAAGCGCUUUGGCGAGGCCCGAAUCGCCUAAACUCACGUCUCCGAAGCCUCAAACACCGAGCUGGAUGGCAGAACUUCAACGAUCAAAACUUUCCAAGGAAGAUUCUGACCCUGUCAAAAGCCCUCCGUCAGGUUUUACCAUGGCAUCCCCAGAGAAAGCGCGCAAGAUAGCUAUGGAGGAGAAUCGAUCCGCACAGAGUAAUGACGGGCUUCAAGACAGAUUCGAAUUUGUCAUGACAAGGAAAGUAUCAUCAGAAAGAGCACGGGAUCCGAUGAUAGAAGAGGCUAAAUCUACGCAACCUACGUCAUCUGCUGUGGUUCGAAUAUCAUCGACUUCAUCUGCAAAGGCCUCAGCUGAGAACACAACCCCCUCAGAGGUGGGCGAUGCUUCGAUUGGUGGGAAGAAGGAAGAGAUACCAACCUCUGUGCCAACCUCUCCAGAGAAAAGUCCACCAUCUAUAAAGCCAAAGCUGCAGCCGCCUCCGAGAACAGACUUCCGUGCAACUCUAAGACCAUCGCGACUUAUUUCAGAGGAAAGUACUUCGAAAGAACCUGAAUUCAAGAAUAUGUUUGGUAAGCUUAAGCGGACAGAGACCCGGACCUACGUGGCUCCGGACGCGUUGAAGGACAACAUUUUGAGAGGCAAGGCAGCGCUCAAUCUUACUGACGGCCCGCAGAAAGGUAAGAGGGUUGAUGAUUUCAAGGAAAGUAUUCUCAAGAGGAAAGAAUCGAUGAAGACAGAGGCUAGCCUACCGCGAAAGCUUAUCAAUGAGACUGAUCGAAAUCAUCCUACACUUCAGAAUUCGUCUACUCUUCCAGAAGCAUUGGCAAAGAGAAGCACGCUGAAAAAACGCAUCAAUUCUGCACAAGCAUCACCCACCGGGUCUGGGCAACAGACUACUUCAGUUAUUUCACACCCUCUGCCUUCACAGCCAGUGAGAGAAGACGUAUCUUCAGCUGAAGCCCAAACACAUUCAGUUGACGCUGCAUUUCAGCCUUCAAAAGUAGCAAGCAACCUCCACGGUGAAGGUCCUGUAUCAAAAUCGCAGGAACAAGGAUCCCCUAGUGCUGUCCAACCAAUUCCAAUUGGCAAGAGUGCAGUUCAGAUGACAAGCAAGCCAGCAACCGUCAACAGUUCUUUUGCUCUGGAGAAGCACCCACGCAUAGCUUCAGAAGCAACGGAGCAAAGUGUCCAGAGCAAAACGGAGAACAAGUUAGCAAGUCGCCUCAAUCCUGGUCUAGCCGGUAUCCUUUCACGUGGUCCGAUAUCAACAGCGAGCAGUAGAAACGAGUCCAGCGAAGAUGUGUCUUCCGCCAGAAAUGCAGGGCCACCGUCCACGGUUGAGGAGCCAGCUGGGUCAACGACCCGUUCACUCACUCAUAUGACGAAAGAAAGAGCAAGGGGCCCGAAGAGAAGGCUUCCAAAUACAGCCUGUGCUUCCGCUAAGCCGCAGGACCCCUCUAGCAUAUCAGAUAAGUCACGUAUGCUUGGGGCAAUGCUCGACGAAACAAAGUCUAAGAUGCCGGUCAAGAAUGCCGCAUUCCAAGAUACCACAUACAGUCCAUACGGGCGACAGGCUGUAAAUGUCAGCGCACAACCGCUUGCCGAUCUUAUCAAUCGAAAUGACCAGGUCGUCCAACCAGUUACCGCUAAGAAACAGCUGUUUUCCCCUCAAGCCGGCCAACAUGUUCAGGAGGCAGUAACGAACCUAUUGCCAAAGGCCCAUGUGAAAGAUAAGCCGAAACCCGCUAUAGCGGAAAAAUCCCCAACGCUACGGAAGAUCUCAUCGGCCCAGACUGGUACCAGCAGGGUAACUACCACGACACUGAAUCAGGAGCCAGUGCCCCAACGCGACCGCACCUCAAAACAGGCCUUCCCUAGCUACGACGAUGGUAGGGAGAUGGGCGGAUCAAAUUCUGCUAUUUCUCGGCCCACCGAUCUGAUACAGCGUGAGAGCUCGGCUUCUACAAGCUCUAAUAUUAUUUCAAAGUCUGGUGCAGGCGCAGGACUAGCAAUGCCGAAUCGACCACUGCAUGUUCAACCUAACGGCACAUCAGCACCUCCGCACAAGCCAGCGCUUAGCGGGCUGGGAUUGAAGCUUGACUCCAGUACAGUUCAGCUUCCACAUUCACAAUUGACCCCUCCUCCUGAUGAACAGUCUACUAUGGCUUUGGAUGCACAGAAGUCUUCGUUUUCAGCUCAGGCCAAGGGCACUUCUGGGAUCCUAGAGCCAGUACCGUCUCAACAAGGAUAUUCCAAAGCUGCUGAGUUGCUAGCUGAGUUUUUCAAUGAGAAGCCCGAGAUCGGCGAUAAAGUUGAGAUUGAUGCUCAAACUACAAUUCUGAAUCGAGCGGGUGUUGGAGGCAAGAGGAAAGUGUUGAGAACCCAGGUUUGGCAGAUCAACGCCGAUGGCAGGAAGGAAAGUUCUCCUCCUCAGCAGGAGCAUAUUCUUUUCGAAGACUGCAUGUAUUUGUGUGUUCACUCGUUUGAAUCAUUGGCCGGGUCUGUGGCCACCGAAGUAUAUCUGUGGGCCGGCGAUGGCGUUGGCGAAGCGGCCAUGGAAGAUGCUCAGCUGUUUUGCCGCAAGGAAGCAAGAGAAAACACUGCCAAACUCGAGCUGUUGAGGCAGGGGAAAGAGCCUGCCAAGUUCUACCAAGCUCUCGGUGGGAUCGUCAUUACACGCCGAUCGCGGACUUCUGCGCUCUACAUGCUCUGUGGGAGAAGACAUCUGGGUCAUAUGGCAUUUGACGAAGUUGAUCUCGACCCUGCUAGUUUGUGCUCUGGAUUUCCGUACCUCAUAUCUGCCAAAUUCGGGAAACUUUACCUUUGGAAGGGCAAAGGGAGCGGCGCAGACGAGGUUGGCUGUGCACGACUAAUCGGAAUGGACCUCGGCCUGACUGGUGAGAUUGAGGAAGUAGAAGAAGGCGAGGAGCCCACAAGCUUCAUUGAGUCACUCGGCGGUACUAUGCACCCGCAGAUGUCAUCUCAACAGUGGAGUCUGAGAUCGCGAUCUAACCAUUACGGAUGUCGGCUAUUUCGCAUCGAGCUGGAACAGAGCAAGGGCAUGUCGGGGUUCUGGAGCCGCCGGGGCUCUUCUCCUGCUAAAGCUACCAAGGCCAGCGCAGUGGAAAUCCAUCCCUUUUGUCACCGGGAUUUGGAUAGUCGCUGCAUCUUCGUUCUCGAUGCUUACUUCAACAUCUUCGUGUAUGUUGGCGCUGAAGCGGGAUCUAAAUCAGCAGAAUUCGCCACUGCCGUCAUGUUUGCUCAGGAAUACGGUAUUCUGGCAAGCUCCCUGGAAGAUCGACCUUUCAUACCCAGUUGCAACAUCACGUUCUAUGGCGGCCCGCCUGAGUUCACUGCCGCCUUCCGGAAGUGGGAACAGUCUACAGGUUCCAGAAGCCAACAGCAGCAACCAUGUCAAGUCAUUCCGCUCAACAACAUUCUGGGCGCAUUAAGUGGGGCCACAUUUCAGGCGUGA